CGUUGGCUGCGUAAACAGCCUUACUCCUCCGUAUAACCAACUCAACAAUAUUCCUUGGUUCCCUCCCUUCCCCUUCCGCUUCCGCUGCCGCCUUCUCCUCCGCUUCCUUUGUCCUAUCCUCCAGCUUGGUCGAGUAUAGGCAUCAACGGGUGAAAGGGGCUGAUUGAUUGAUUGGGCGUGAUGGUUCACUUGCCGCACCUUGGGAAGCUGCGGCGAGAGGUCAAGGAGGAGGUCGCGGACGCAGCCGACGGCCCUGCCGCCGCGGCGGAGGCGUCGCCGUUCCACAAGAGGACGCGAUUCGGGCAUCAGAAGCAGCAAUGGAGCACCAGAUGUGCUAGUGUGUCCAAUCAGCAGUCCUCGCAGCAAGGUUUCCUUGAUGAGCCUAGUCCACUUGGCCUGCGGCUGAGGAAGAGCCCCUCACUAUUGGAUCUGGUUCAGAUGAAGCUUGCGCAGGCCAAUAAGGGCACAGAAGCUCGGCAAGCCAUCAACACUGGUGCCUCGGAGAAACUGAAGGCUUCCAAUUUCCCUGGUUCAGUUCUGCGUAUUGGAUCUUGGGAGUGGGUUUCAAGAUAUGAAGGAGAUCUGGUUGCAAAAUGCUAUUUUGCAAAACACAAACUGGUUUGGGAAGUAUUGGAUGGUGGUCUCAAGAGCAAAAUCGAAAUACAAUGGUCUGAUAUCUGUGGACUGAAGAUGUUCUGUCCAGAAAAUGAACCUGGGACCUUGGAGAUUGUGUUGUCUAGACCACCACUUUUCUUCAAAGAAACCAACCCGCAACCAAGGAAGCAUACAUUAUGGCAGGCAACUUCAGAUUUUACUGGUGGACAGGCAAGGAUGUACAGGGUGCACCUUAUUCAAUGCCCGCAAGGUAUGAUGAAUAAGCAUAUGGAAAAGCUUUUUCACUGUGACCCACGUCUGCAGUCGCUAAGCCAGCAAAAUGAUUUUACUGUGGAUAAUCCUUAUUUUGAGACAAAGUGUUCCAUAUUUGAAGAACCAGAGGAUAUUAAGUGUCAAAAAUAUGAGCAUAAAGAUGAUGACAACCAGUUAGCCCCACAGAGCUCUAAUGCAUUGUUAUCACCUCAGUCUUCAGCCAGUAGGAUGGAUGCUGAAGUAAGACAGCAAGCUGGAAAAUCAGAUGUCUUGCCUGGACACUACCCUAGUUCAGUUGCUAGUGCCCACUUGAUUAAACAAGAUGGUACUUCUGUUGAGUGCGAACCGCAUACAAGCAUUUUGAAUUGGAAUGGUUUCAGAGUGCCAGGAAUCAGCCGCUCAAUGUCCAAGAGUGAGAUUGCGAACCACAUAGGGUACCACUUGUACAAACAGAUGUAUUCAGGCAACCUACCUGCAACUGAUGCUGUAACUGCUUCAUUGGGUAACGGCGAUGGUUCAAACAGUGAUGUAUCAUUUGAUGAGCUAACCAGGCAGCUCCUGAAUGACACCCAGAUUUCCAAUGCAGCUGAUGAAAGGAUGCUUAUGUCAAGGGUAAACUCUCUCUGCUGCCUGAUCCAGAGAGAUUCAGGUUCAGGUCACGCAACCCCUGGAGUCAGUGGUACAAAUGAGAUUUAUGAAAGGAAGUCCCAGACUAGUGUGCCUCUGGUGCGAGGAGACGGCAGCAAUAAGCCAUUGCCACCGGAAGAAUCAUUUGGAGAUCUCCUGACCAAGCCAUUGCCGCCGAGGCAAGAAUCAUUUGGAGAUCUCCUGACCAAUCUGCCACGCAUCUCAUCGUUUCCUCACUUCUUGUGAGUUUGGCAUCAGGUGGCAAAAAAGUAUGCCGUGGGAGUAAGUGGUGGCUGGGUACGGUGCAACCAUAUUAGCUGGUCAUCGAAAUUGUGCCGUGUAGAAAUUUUUGCCGGCAAACAGUGAUUGACACCUUUGUCGUUUCCUUCUUUGGUGUACAUAAUAGAUUGGUAGGAGGAUAAGUAUAGGUGACCUUUGUUUGACUCCACAGAGCAAUACAGGUGUUGGCUUUUUAUGCUAUGGCUUUCUAUGCUGUAUAUGGUUUUCUUCUUUGGUAUACCAAGUGUGAUGAUGGCAUAGAUUCACAUGCUCAUUUGAGGCUGUUUUGGGCUCAAAGUUGAUACCCAAUGUUGCUAAAAGGACGUUCACUGAUAUGGUGUUUGUCCUGGGAGCAUUUUAAUCGACUCCACAUGGGCACGGGGAGGGUUGGGCAUGGCUGCUUAAGAUUGGGAUAUUCUUCCCUAUCCGAGUGGCUUGUCUUUCCACCUUGAGAGGUAGGGUUUGAAGCUUUUGGGAGAAUUAGAGGUGUUUCCCCUGUAUAUAUACGAAUUAAAGAGUGCUCUAGCUCAGAUCCGUGAUAGGAUUUGGAGCCUCUCAUCUAUUUGUGGACCCUCACCAUGUAUCUUCUUUUUUACAUAAUGGAUUAUUGUUCGUGCC